AUGUAUGGAAAUGCUGCGGGCUUUAUGAUAAAGCCAGGGUUUAUUUAUAAGUUCAAAAACUCAAGGGCCCUCAAAAACAAAAAAAAUAAGAAUCUGCUGCCAGUGCUUUGGAUGCACAAUCGGAAGUCAUGGAUAACGAAACCACUGACAUCGGAUUGGUUUCACCAAUGUUUCAUCCCCGAAGUCAAGGUUCAUCUCGCCGAAAAAGGACUGGAAAUCGAAGUGCUUCUCUCAAUGGACAAUGUUAGAGGUCACGCACUCGACCUGUCGUAUGAGGGCAUACAAAUCGAAUUCUUACCGCCGAACACCACAUCGCUGAUCCAAUCCAUGGAUCAAAGCGUUAAUCGUGCUCUUAAGGAGAUCUGUACGCGAAACUCUCUGCAGCAUCUGGUCGAGGUUAUGGACUCGGAUGAUAACUUCUCGCUGAAGGAGUACUGGCGUGAGUACACCAUUGCAACGUGUCUCCAAAAUAUUCAGAAGGCUAUAAAGGAGACGAAAAAUGAAACUUUGAAUGCCAGCUGGAAGAAAUUAUGGCCGGACUAUAAAGGAUUUUCUCCAGACGAAAUUCACCACUCUGCUGUAGAUAAGGCAGUGAAGCUGACAAAAUUGCUAGGAGGAGAUGGCUUCACCGACUACCUGGAACGUUAA